CGCGGGGAUUCAAUGACGACUUCGAGAGCGACGGAGCGGCUUUUGUGUCGUAUUUAAUGCGGGACGUACAGGAGGUGCAGCGUCGAAUAGGUGGACGAGUGGCCGGGCGAAAGAGAAGGAAGCCGAGGAGAGUCAGGAGAGCUUCGUGAAAGGCGUGAUCCACCAUGUCUUUAGCAGAUGAGCUUUUGGCUGAUCUUGAGGAAGCAGCAGAAGAAGAAGAUGGCAGCUUUGCAGAUGAGGAGGAUGAGCCGCCCAUUGAGGAUGUUCAGGAGGAGAUGCAGCUGGAUCUGGCGACCGAUUCUGUCAAGAGUAUUGCCAAGCUGUGGGACAGCAAGAUGUUUGCUGAAAUCAUGCUGAAGAUAGAGGAAUACAUCAGCAAGCAACCGAAAGCAUCUGACGUUCUAGGCCCAGUGGAGGCUGCACCUGAAUACAGAGUUAUUGUAGAUGCCAACAACCUCACAGUGGAGAUUGAAAACGAGCUCAACAUUAUUCAUAAAUUUAUUCGAGACAAAUACUCAAAGCGAUUUCCUGAACUUGAAUCCCUGGUUCCCAAUGCUCUGGAUUACAUUCGGACUGUCAAGGAACUAGGGAAUAGUUUGGACAAGUGCAAGAACAAUGAGAAUCUUCAACAGAUCCUUACAAAUGCCACUAUCAUGGUUGUCAGUGUCACAGCAUCUACAACUCAGGGGCAGCAAUUAACUGAAGAAGAACUAGAACGCAUUGAGGAGGCCUGUGACAUGGCCCUGGAGCUGAACCAGUCCAAGCAUCGCAUCUAUGAGUAUGUGGAGUCCCGCAUGUCCUUCAUUGCCCCCAACCUGUCCAUCAUCGUGGGAGCCUCCACUGCUGCUAAGAUCAUGGGCAUUGCUGGUGGUCUCACAAAUCUCUCUAAGAUGCCGGCCUGCAACAUUAUGCUUCUGGGUGCCCAAAGGAAGACCCUGUCUGGCUUUUCCAGCACUUCGGUGUUGCCUCACACUGGUUAUAUCUACCAUAGUGACAUUGUGCAGUCAUUGCCUCCGGAUCUGCGGAGGAAGGCAGCUCGGUUGGUAGCAGCAAAAUGUACACUGGCAGCACGUGUAGACAGCUUCCAUGAGAGCUCAGAAGGAAAGGUUGGUUAUGAUCUGAAGGAGGAAAUUGAGAGGAAGUUUGACAAGUGGCAAGAGCCCCCUCCUGUCAAACAAGUGAAGCCAUUACCCGCACCUUUGGACGGACAAAGGAAGAAGCGUGGAGGGCGCAGGUAUCGUAAGAUGAAAGAGCGCCUUGGCCUAACAGAAAUCAGGAAGCAGGCAAACCGCAUGAGCUUUGGAGAGAUUGAAGAGGAUGCUUACCAGGAAGACCUUGGGUUCAGCCUGGGCCAUCUGGGCAAAUCAGGUAGUGGCCGAGUCCGACAGACGCAAGUCAAUGAGGCGACGAAGGCACGCAUUUCGAAGACGUUGCAGCGCACACUCCAGAAGCAAAGCAUGGUGUAUGGAGGGAAGUCGACCAUCCGGGACCGCUCCUCGGGUACUGCAUCCAGCGUGGCCUUUACUCCACUGCAGGGUCUGGAGAUUGUGAACCCACAGGCAGCUGAGAAGAAGGUAGCUGAAGCCAACCAGAAGUAUUUCUCCAGCAUGGCUGAAUUCUUAAAGGUGAAGACUGAGAAGAGUGGCUUCAUGUCCACCUCAUAAGACUACUAUAUUCUUUCAGAUGGAGCUGCAUAUUAAGUGGAAGUGGAAGGAUUUUUGCUGGAGUUCCAAAGGUUCUUGAACUCUUCAGAAUUCAGCACUGUAUGGUUCUUUCCUGGAUCUGUUUGGUAUCAUUUUCCUCUUUGUGUCCCUUGAGCAAUAUUAUUGACAGAGAGCCUACUAUUCUGUGUAUAUUAUUGCAUAAUAGAAAGAACAGAGUUCUUCUCCAAGGUUUCAUGCCUUAUUGAAAAGCAGGAUAGUUAAACAACGCAAACUAAGCUGAACUGCAGCAACAAUCAAGAGGUGUUCCACCCCUUUAACCAUUUAACUUAAAGCCAGUCAAGUUUGUACAAAAACCUCUUUGUAAAUACUUGUUAGAUUUCACCAAAACCAUCUCCCUUUUUGUUGGUUUAGAACCACUUCAUCAGGAUAUGGUAAGAAUAACACAGUGAAGUUGGUGGGAAGUUGGUGUUGUCCAGAUUUACUGGGGCUACAACUUCUAUCAUCCCCAGCCAGUUCCAGGGUCAAACUAAUGUGGUUAAAACUUUUUCAGAGAGAAGUUGAUACUUUGAACUGAAAAUUUGAAAUGACAACUGUGUGACAGGGGGAAGAAGGGAAAACAAGAACGAAAGAGCAGGGCGAGAAGAAAUAAUUAUUAUCUUAAAUGUUAAGAAGUCCUGGGGUACUUUUGCCUACAGAUAGAAUGUCUUGUUUUUUCCCUUUGACUAAAAAAUUACAUUCCUGAAUUAAAUAAAAUUAAAUAUAGGCUUCUUGCAGAGUGAGGGGAAUUAUUGGAUGCUAUGUAUUGUAACAACAUUUUGCUGUGACUUGUGUACUUUGGGACAUGAAAUAUAACUCUUUUGGAUA